AUGGCUAUCCGCAUCUACCCCGCGACUCCUUCUGUUGCCCCACGUCUCGCUAGUAUUCAUGUAUCAGCCUUCUCUUCCAACCGGCUCAUGCGCGCUAUCUAUCCUACGCCAGCAAUUUGGGCAGCAUUUGAACACGCCGUAGAAGAAAAGUUAAUCGCCGACAUGCUCGAUGAAAGGACGAGUGUGAUGGUUGCACAGUCUGCAGAAACGGAAAAGGAUGGUAGAGGAGAGAUAGUAGGGUUUGCAGUAUGGUGCCACGCUUGUCCGGAAGACAAAGAGGAGGAAAGGAGCAGCAAUGUCAAAAAGACAUAUACAGCACCGCGUUGGAAUCUACCAGUGGGGACAGAUUGGGAGAUUUUAAAUGCAUGGAGAGCUGCUGCUGCGAAAGUCGCGGAGCAUACUAUUGGAGAUUGUCGGCAUUACGAACUAUCCUGGAUCGCCGUAUCACCAAGCCAUGGCCGCCAAGGCGUGGGCAGAAUGCUACUUGACUGGGGCCUCGACACAUGCAACAAAAAACGGGUGCCUGUGUACUUGGAAAGCACCGUGGAUGCGGCCGAGAGAUUUUAUGCAAAAGCUGGAUUUAAGGAAAAAGGAAGAAUUCAGUUGGUGGUCAGGGGCGAGUUGUACGAGGAAGUUGCUUGUGUAUAUGAACCAAGUGGUAUACAAGACGAGGAUGACGCGAGGCUGAGAUGA